AUGGUCAGAGUGAAAACCUACGUCACAAAACGAAUCACCGAGAUAACAGACAUCAUGAAGAAUGCUGAUAACUGUUUUGACCUUGUUCAACUCCGAGGAUCGGCUGAGGAAGAUUUGAAGGUUUAUCAUCCAGAUGAAUUUGAUUUUGUGCUUUACAAUCAAAAAUGGAAGGAUAAAAUUGUUUUCAACGAAAAACAGAGCCUUCCUGGAUUUGCGUACGCGAUUCGAAAAGGCACAACCUGCCUGGAUAAGUAAGUGUUGUAGUAUAUAAAUAGGUACAAAUAGGAGAACGUCUCUUCUGAUAUGAUUGGCUUAUAUACGACAAUCAAGCAGCCUCUUCCCCUUCUCCAAAAAAUUAAUGGCAUUCGCUAAGUGUGUGCUAAUUCUGGAUGUCACCAGUGCAUUCAUUUACAGAAAUACAUUUAUUUACAUGUGAAAGCUUAUCAUAUAUAUCAUAUUUCUCAAUAGGUAUCAGCUCAAAGAUCCUAAAGGUGCCAUCGAUCCAAUACAAGUAAGAGCUCAUAUGAAAAAUCUCGUGGAAAAAGCUGUGAAGAAACUAAAAAUUAAAACUGAUGUUAUUGAGGUCGGUCCUGCGAUAAACUUUGAAAUACCGUCCAGAGAAGCGGCCUUCCCCAAAAUUGACAUCGAUUUAGUCUUUUACAUCCAGCAAAAAAAUUGGCCAGCUAGUGCUACUACAAAUAUAAGCCCCCAACUUAAGGCUGUAGGGGUAGGACUUGUCCCAAAGGUACUUGAAGCACCAGAUGACACCAGGCUUUGGCAAAUUUCAUUCUCCGCCAUUGAAAUAAAACUUUUCAAAGACAUCGAUGCAGAUGGAGGAAUUCGAAAAAAGUUGCAGAAAAUCAUGAAGUAUUUAAAGCUAGCUACCGAAUGGCCUAAAACCCUAGCCUCUUACCACUUGAAGAACGUUUUAAUGAAGAUGAAUUAUGAUCAUCCGGAGAAAGCUUACUGGACGGAAUCCAAUCUUGUUCCUCGCUUUAGAGAAUUUAUCAAUAAAUUCCUUUCCGCACUCAAAGUAGGAAACUUGCCAAGUUUUUUUGUUCCUACCCGAAAUCUAUUUCGAGGCAAAGAUCUCACGGAGGCCAUCCAGAAAGUCGAAAAAUUGAUAGAAACUAUCAAGACGAACCCCAAUUCUUUAUUCCCACCCCACCUGUAA